UUGGCAAGUUGACAAGGUGUGUCUGUGGAAGUCUGUUUCUGUCCAUUUUCACUCUCCCAAGCGUUCAGUUUGAGACUUUAAAACGUCACAACUUCGGAAAAUGGACAUGAUAAAGUUCUGGAAAUGAUCUGUAGGCAUAUAAUACCCACAGCACAAAUAUCUGCCAUGAACGCUGCUGUCCUGCUGGUGUCCAUUCUAGUUUGGACAUUCAUGAUUGUCGGUAAUGAUAGCCGUGACUGCGGUGUGAGCUGUAAUAAUGUGACUGGAACUGUGGGAAAUGAAGUGAUUUUCAACUGCAGCAUCUCUGAACAGAAGACAGGCUGUUUUACAGUGUAUAAGUUUCAGUAUCCUGAGAAAUAUAAUGACUCCGUAAUCUGUGGACAGUUUUCUCAUGGCUGUGAAAAGAUGCACAUCUUCACAUGCAGAUACACUCCAGAUACAGCAAUGAAGGAAACAUUCAGAUUCUAUGUGCAUGGUGGUCGAAAUUGCGCAGAAAGUAAAGAUUUCACAGUGGAGAUAUCAGAUUUCUGCAGUGUGAGCUGUAAUAAUGUGACUGGAACUGUGGGAAAUGAAGUCACUCUGACCUGCAGCAUCCCUCAACAGUGCACUGAAUGCUGCAUUCAACUGUAUAAGUUUCAGCAUCCAACAAUCUAUGAUUACUCAGUAAUCUGUAGACAAGAGUUUCCUAAAGAUGUCUGUGAACAGAGAACCAGCUUCACAUGCAGAUACACUCCAGAUACAGCAAUGAAGAAAACAUUCACAUUCAUAUCCCAAACAUUGUGCCGAGUGAAAAGAUCAGAAUUCACUGUGGAGAUAUCAGGUCCCAGUGAAACACGAACUGACACUGAAUCAGCUGACAUAAAAGAUCAUGGAUCAAAACCCUCCAUUGUGGCUGGUAUGAGCUGUUCCAUCAUCAUCAUCAUUUUUCUCAUAGCGGCCUUCGUUUAUGUCAAAUGUUUUAAAAGCACCAACACUGCUGGACUUCAGAUGACAGAAAGAGGUGCAGAACAAGCCCUGAUGACAACAAAUGAUUUGUAA